AAGAACCUAAAGUUAAUUUGUUUGUGAUUAGCAAAGAUGAUUCAUCUAAUGUUUACGCUUGUAUUGGCGGAAAUGGCAUUGAUUCUGACCCUCUUGUUCAGAACCCCACUAAGGAAGCUGGUGAUGAUGGGUUUGGACAGGUUGAAACAGGGACGAGGUCGUUUGGUUGCAAAUACCGUGGCUGCAACAAUGACGUUGCUCUUUAGCUCCAUCAUAUAUCAUGCAACCAUAAUCCAUAAACGUUCGGCAGAAGCCAGCAUGGUUAAUCCAACUGAGGAGGUUCUUAUGGCACAACGUCAAUUGGAAGCCUGUCUUAUAGGAUUCUCCCUAUUCCUUGCACUGAUAAUAGACAGACUAUAUUAUCUUAUCAAAAAAAAGAGCUGUAUCUACUGAGGAUGAGCUUGGAGGCUGCUAUAAUAUUGCACCAGGCAGGUUAGUGCAAAAGGCAAGUGGGGUGGGGAUCGAGAAGACCAA